GUUCAAGAGUGCACGUUUUCAAGCGAUGACAAAUUAGCAGUUAGUUGCUCUGCACAUGAAACAUGGGUGUGGCAAGCUCAGCAGCCAGUCCAGAGGUUGUAUCGCUUAUACCCAGUUUCUAUGACUGGAGCUUGUGGUACCUGCCCAUGUUUCUCUGAAGAUAGUGAGUUUGUAUCAGUGUUUGUUGAGACUGGAGUUGACGUGUGGCACCUCAAGUCAGGACUUGAUCCCCAUGGGUCAGACAGGAGUCUUCUGAUGGGAGCACACAGAACUCUCACCUUGCUGACAGUAAGACACCUGUUCACCAAGUUUACUUCAGAUGGUCUAUACUGCUGUUUACACACUGAAAGUGAACCCGGAACAAUUCGACUCUACCUUGCUAUCAACAAGUACACUCUAGAAAGAUGGUCCAAACAAGCACUCAAAGAUCCACCUCCAAAGGACUUGAAUGAUCAAGAACCCUUCGAACAAAGAUUUGCAGUUGACGAAGGGAAUAAGGUAAGAGAGGGAGGUUGUUAGUCCGUUUCCUUCCCUAUAAAUAUCUGAACUCGUGUCGAGUCGCUCAAACAG